CGCGACGUCUUUCUGUUUUGCUCGUCCUGCAUCUAUAGCAGCAGCCUCAUGCGCCGAACACCACUCCUGCAUACGUAACCCCGCCUACUUCGUAACACGGCUAUCCGCGACCUUCUGCACCCUCGCUCGCAAACCUACAUAUAUAAUAGUGUCCCUGGCGACGAGCCAUCGUCUUCCGUCGCGCGUCCGCAUCGCCUCCACGACAUCACACUUCUACGCAGCAAUGGCGCGUGGUUCCAAGUCUGCCGUUUGGCAAAUCAUCCCCCUCAUCAUCGCCAUCGCCGUCCUGUCCGCCAUCGCCUGGGUCGUCUACCAGGUCUACAUCUCCGCCACCAAGAUCCGCGACACGGCGUCGGAGCGCAUGGGCAAGAAGAACGUCGUCUUCACCAAAGACGGCGUGCGCGUCGGCGUCAAGCAGGUCCAGAACGAAAAGUACGUCGACGCAACCCAGAGCUGGGUCGUCAAGGCCUGGAACCUCGGCAACGCGCCCAAGGACGAGGAGCUCAAGAAGAGGAAGAAAUGAGGCGAGCCCGCUUCUAGCGCAGGUAGCGUAGGCGGCGACGGCGAUGGUGGCUGUGGGCGGCGGUGCCAUGUUUUGCGACACGCGACCGGCAAACCCCCCCACCCCUCAAUGCCCUCAUGACGAUCGCCGCGGAUCGCACCUGCUCAUGCCACUGCAAAGCACGAGUCGCGCUGCCGCUGCGGCGUGAUAUAACGAAUGAUGACAACAUUAGUGUUUUGGGAGACCGUUACCGUCACACGUUCCCCAUUCGCGUCGCGUCGCAGGCGGCUGCGCGAUGGGACGUGAUCGGGGCGUCGAAAGCUGAAACCUCGUUUGAGGCUCUAAGCGGCGGGCCUCUGCAGGGGAUGCAAGGCCUGUCAUUCGUGCGGUCAUGCUCUGUCACUUCAUGUACAUAGAAGAAAAAAGUGACGAGCCGAGGAGGCGAAGAGCCUUAGUUAUUAGUGCGGUGCGUUGGUGGUGCUGCCAGUAUGCCUCGUGCGUUUCAUUGUCAAACAGGUGGCAGGCUUACCAUGUAUGGCGCCGCGAUAUUGCAACAUUCACCGAGAGCCACUCCACCAUGGUUCAUGUUGCGAUUUUCUCCUCAGUAGACAUUCACGUACGAUGAGCGUUGUAGCAUAUCACCCAAGAGUAGAGACCC